UAGAAAGAGAGAGAGGAAUAUGAAAGGAAACUAUUACAUGUAGGAUUCUAUUAACGUUUUUAUUUAGCUACAUGUAGAAAUAAAGACGAAACGGAAUGCUAUUAAAGUGAGAUUUUUAUCCAUGAUAGUAGCAGAAAACAACAAUAUCAAUUUAUGUGGAAUACGAAAGGAUACUUCCCGAGUUCGAGGUAGAUGGAUAGUAUUGACAUCUAUUGAAUUCGGAGUCGUAUCAAAUGAAAGAGAGCGAAUACAACCCCAUUUAAAAGCCAAACACAUAAGAAAGAACUUAAUUUGCAUAAAGAAAUGGAGCUAUUUCGAGGUGCUAGCAGCAGAAGAAUGAUCGACAAGUCAAAUUAAUUGUGUAUCAAUAUUCCAAAAUACACGAAAAAUCAAGAUAUGAAAUCUUACACCAAUCUAUACUUGAUUAGCCCUUUAAACUUUGGUGGGCAGGUGCAUGAUGGGUGAUACGCAUAACACACCAUUAGCAUUUAUUGUCCUUGUUUGUUCUGUGUUGGGUCUUAUAAAUAAUCUUGUGUCAAUAUUUUAUAAACAGAAAAAGCAGUUCUCUCUGCCUAAGCUUUGGAAGUAUGCCUACCUAUCUAUCGAUCUCGGGCAUGUUUUUUUAGGUGUAGGGUUGAUUCUUUCAAUUUCAUUUAAACUUUCUGGAUCGGAGCCAGUGUGUAGUGCCUCUGGGUUUCUGCUCGUGUUUGGCGUGUUUGACUGUGUUUGCGGGUUUCUCACAGCAGGGAUAAUUUUAUUUGGGAUAUACAACCCGGGAAAAGCUUCGCAAAUUUCUACGUUUCAUAGAAAUGUCUUCCUUGUCAUCACCAUUCCUGAAAAAAUUAUUUCGGUGUUUCUAUCUGCAUUGCCUUUAACACCUUUAGGAUACAGCCCAUCUACAAGUCAUUUUGCUAUUUCAUGUGUGCGAAUCAGCCAACCCAACGAAGAUGGUGGAACACUAGGUGUUGUGAAUUUCGUGGUACUUUGGUUUUCUCUCCUCAUUGCUUUCUUCACAUGUGUCAUUAGUGCUGUUAAGCUAUGGAAAGGAUUCAGCAACAGAAUCCACUCUUCCACCGUUAAUGUGUGGCAAUCCCAGUUGGUGAUCGAAGGAAAGAGAUUCCAAAAGAUCUUGUUGUGCGAACUUACUGUAUGGAUCAUCGUAUUGUUUCUGUGUAAUUUUGUGACUUACUACGAUACCGGACAUCUUUCCUCGGCGACUUGGAUAGUAUUGUUGUCGUUAAGCCUCGUUACAAUCUUUCACGGUGUGUGUUCCCAGGUUGGGAAUAGCAUGUGGAGUUUAUGCUGUUGUGGAUCAACUCGCGAUGUGGAGGAGCCACAUCAUAAACUCAAGCGGCUCGAGCUCAUCAAAGUAGAGGAACCUGGAAGGUUACGACUGAGAGCAACAUGGAGCGUGUCCCGAGGAUUGGUCAAACGGGGCCUGAUGAAGGUCUAUGGCUCGAAUCACGUCAAAGCUUGGGCACAGGAAAUUGUGGUUCUGGGCAUGCUCAGGAAGGCACAACACCCGAGUCUCCUGCAGUGUCUGUGGACCAGCAGUUCCAACCCUUACUACGAGACAAUGACCCUGAUUACAGGGGAGAUAAUCACUAGUGACUCUAGAAUUAUCUGCCUUGAGCUGACAAACAAUGGAAGCUUAGCGGAAGUGCUGCAGAAGGACGUAUCUCUUCCGGAAACAUGUCAGAGGAUGGUCGUCCACGAUAUUGCCGAGGGUCUGUUCUACCUCCACAGUCAAAAUAUCCUCCAUAAUAAUCUAAGCUCUUCCUGUAUCUACCUCAAAGGAUCACUUCCGGAGACAGAGUAUGCCAGGCCAAUGUAUAGGAAUAUGGUUAUGAGAGCAGCCAUUGGGGAUUUUGAAUGUACACAAAUUUAUGGAUCAAUUCAGCAACCAGAAACUGCAGUGACCAGCAAAAGACAAUUCUUUCUUCCAGAUAUAAGGUCGUUUGCUUUAGUGGCGUUAGAGAUAGUGACGAAAUCGUGUGAAAGACGAUUCUUAAGUAUGCAAUAUGAUUGGGACUAUGACCAAGAUCCUAAGGAUUUGAUCAACGGAAACGGACAUUUUGUUGUGAUGCCACAUAUUACUCGUGAACCUUAUCCUCAAAAUGUUGACCUCAUGAAUAACCCCUCCGAUGAUUCAGAUGUAGAACAUUAUGCAAGGAGAAAUCAUAAUGGCAUAAGAUCCCCAUAUGAAUUGAUUGAAGAAGUUAGAAGACGAAGCAGAAGUUUAUCUCCUGAAAGUCGGCCCAUGUCUGCUCAGUCAAAACGAAGCACAAGGUCAAGAACUGUUUCUCCAGAUCAACAGAGAAUGGCUCACAGGUCUCCGUCAGUGCAGUCAGCCAGUACACUAUACAAUGGAAGGAGUGGAACACCAGAGGUUGAGAUGGUACAGCAUCAAAUGAGUGCUCGAUCUGAAGUGUUUCACAAGAGAUCUGCAGUACAAGAACUUGUACCAGAGAGAACCGAUUCUCCUCUUGAUAAGAAAAAAGGAAAAGGUAAAAAGUCUCACUCCAAAUCUCUCGAUGGACAGGCUUUUGAAACAAAAAGCAAGGAUAUAAAAAAGUCAAAUAGUAAAAGACUUUUAUCAAAACCCGUGUCUAUUAUUAAAAAUCUCACUGGUUCUGAAACUACAGUAUCAGCAUUUAAACCAAACGACAAAGCAGAUUCCUCUGCAGAAGAAAUAUCCGAAGAAGAGAUGGAAAUUCCCUUUGAUAGGUACAGACUGAAUAAGAAAAUGAGACAGGACUCUAAAAAUUCAAUUCAGUCGUUUCAAUCAGAAAAUUCUCUACAUCGAACUGUCUCACAAAAGAGUGAUCAGUGGAGUAUUCGAAGUGAUAUGGAAUAUCGUCCGCAUGGAUUAAAGAAUACGGUAUCUGCUGACUCUAGAGCUUCCCUUUGGUCUAAUUUACCACUCCCACUUGAAGCUAUUGAUGUGGAAAGAGAUGAGUUGGACCAUAUUAUAGACUGUCUUCCUGGAAUGGCGGAUUCCUUAGAUUCCCAUAAGCAUCGACCCAGAUUAAGCGAGAUCAUGAAUGCAAGGGACAGAAUUGGAUCUAGACCAAAGACGUAUUGGCAGUUUGAUGGACCUGGUACUCAGCGUUUUGAACUUGUAGAUUAUUAUGAUGAACUGCAAGGCACAUAUGUUAAGAAAUUACAACCAAUUCGCUCUCUUCACAGAACAUCAUCAGGAUCGCAGAUAUUAAGUACACCUGUGCAUCGAACUUUUUCAGGAACGCAGGUUUUACAUCGAACAAGCUCUGGACUUCAGGAAAUCGUCGAGGCAACCGAAGCAACUGACGAAGAAGAAACACUUACGAAAGGAAAUCCACAUAAAAUGAUUCGAGAUCAUAAAACAAAUAAGAUAAAAAUUCGUUCUAUUGACGAACCACAAAAGGAAAAACCUGCCAAGCAAGAGAAGAAAAAUACAAAAAAGAAAGAACGAUCAAAGUCAGUAAAAAAGUAUCCGGCUCCCCAACCUCCAACAGAAGAGGAAAUCAAUAAAGAAAACCUGGAAAAAGAAGAAAGUGAACAUAAAAGGUCGAAAGCAAGAAAUGCUCUAAAAAGAGCCCUAAGCGGUAAAUCCAGAGAUUUCAAUUUUCAAAGGACAAAUAGCAAGAAUGAAAAACUUGAUGUGAAAUUUGCAAACGUAAAGAAGCUUAUUGUACAAACUAACAAGGAUUCUCGGGUGAACGUAGAAGACUUUAAAGUAUCAGAAGUCAAUAAAUCUUAUCAACAGGAUGAAAUUGACCAAACAGAAGAAUCACAACCAAAACAACAUUACAUACAAGCUCCAAGAAAAGAAACAACAGAGAAAAGAUUUUUGACAGACAAACUAUCAAAGACGAAUCUGAAUAGGUUUUCAAGCUUCAGCAGCACGGACAGUUAUAGCAGCAGAGGUUCCACAAGGGCUCGACAUGCAGAUGUAUCCCUCACCAGUGGUGAACUUACGUCUUUGUCAUCUCAGGCUGAUGCCGACACUGACGAUUUUGCUACUGAUGUCGAUGCUCCUGCAAAGGAAGUUUAUAUGAAGAAGGUCUUGCAAAGUCGGUUACGUAAAAAUGUUGAUAGUGGCUUUGAUAGUGAAAGCAGUGAGAUUUCAUCCCAUGGUCCUCAGAGCAGUUAUUUUUCUGAUGAUUCAGCUUUCCAUGAAACAAAAGACAGACGAUCAAAAUCCAGGAAACAAGAUCGUAUGAAAAUUAAUACUGGAAUUAUUUCCUCGAAUUUAUAUAAUACUCCAUCAUCACAUUUGCAAGAGAAAACUUUCUGUCUCACUGGUAUAAAUUCUCUUGAAGUGGAAAAUCAAAGAGUAGCUGACUCACCAGAUCUUGAGAUUGAAUGUCUUCCUGAUAAUGACAUGAUACCAGAAGGCGAGGAUGAAUUCCGACCAACAUCAAGCCUUUCAAGAAUAAUAGAAGUUUCAUCAGCGUCGCCAGAACAAACAAAAGAAAUAGAUAUUGACGGGGAAAUAGAAAAUUUCAGCUCAUCACAUGCUAAGAAGGUCUCUGUGAAUCAAAGUUUCGAUUCAUCUCACAUGGUUCGUCCUAAAACGCCUGCAUCUACUCGUCCUAAAACACCAGGACUUUCAAAAGAAGUAAGAGGACCAAAUGUAAUGGCAAGUAGUCAUGUUGCAGAUGCUACGAAACGCUACAGAGAACUUGUAAAGAAAGGAGUUCCACUGAGGGUGUCUGAAGUAUCUGCAACUGAAAUUACCUCAAAACAAAGAGAAGUUGAAGAUGAACAUUUGGAUGUACGAACUGAGCCAUCUGAUGAAAACUUGUUCAUGAAUUUAGAUUCACAGGGGUUUUUCCAAAGUGAAAAGGAGAAAAAAUUAAUACCAGGUCGAACAUAUGGUUCCCUGAAUAGGAAGUCGAGGAAAGAUCAUGGGAAGAAAAACAAAUCUUCAGGUCAGCAAUCACAGAUUGGUUUAGAAGAAAUCAUUAGAGAAAGUCCAGAAGAUGCUCAUGAUUCUCCAAUACAUAAAUCACCUAGAGGAAAUCACCUGUCUCCAACCCACGCUACUAACAAUAAUAUUCUGAACGAAUCAUUUACAAAUAUGUCUGAAAAUGACGUCACUAUGUUCAAUCAACCACAAAGUGAAGAUUCUGAAACAGUAAGUUUCCAAAAUGGAAAUUCUAGUAAUUCAAAUCAGGUUUCACCCAAUCAUGUAAUGCAAAAUCAACCCGCAGUGGUGGUAGAUGCUGAACUCUAUAUCGAUAGAGUAUACUCUCAUAAACAAACACCAGAACAUCAAAGAACUCACCCUCCCAUUUUGGAUCCCGAUUUUGAUUCUCCACUUCUUGCAAAUGUUGGGAAGACUAAACCCUAUUUUAACGAAAAUGAUCAAAUGUUUGAGGUUCCAUCAACAAAUGAAAACAGAGAAGAAAAAGGAAGAAUCCAAAUUGACGUACCUUUAAAAAUGGGAAUGUCAGACAAACAUGUCACAAACUGCCAAAAAUUGACAUCAGCACUCCACCUUGUGUCUUUCAAUGAUUUGUUACCAGCAACCGAGGAAGGGUUUAAUAUGAUGAAAAUGAAGCUCCGACAAGCAGGCCAGCUUGGAGAUGUCGGAAGUCAGAUCUUGGAUAUCGUGAACAAAUGUUGGCUGAAUGAAACACCUCCGACUUCCUUUGAUCUCGUCAUGCAGUUGAUGGAUCCAGUGAAGGAGACGGAACUCUAAAGUUGAUGACUAAUACCGCCAUAACUGACUACGUCAUUCAACAUACAUCUCUCGUGCCAAAUUGAUUAUUAUUUACUUAUUAUUAUAUCCCUCUAUGUAUCUAUGUACAGUAGGAUAAUUAAAGUUAUGUUCAUCCACUAUGUAUGCAUUUAUUUAAUUUGCAAAAAUCUUUUUUUGUUGAUCAUUCUAAACGUAAUCCCUUUUGUUUAAAAAUUCCAAAAUGGAAUUUGAAAAUGUAGAGAUUUUGCUGUAGAUAUGUUAAUUUUACAUAAAUGGCAUCCCGUGAUAUAUUUUUAUACAACUUUUAUGCUGUCUGUGAUGAAUGAUAUUGUGAUAUAGUUUUUCAAAAUCAUUUACCCAUAUCUUUGUGACCAAGGACAGGGCAUCUAUAGUAGCUGGAUAGAUGUUUAUGAAAAGUGUUUAAAACAGCCUUGGAGGUACGAUACAUGUAUAUAUAAUUAAUAUUUUCUAUUAAGCAACUUUCAAGAAGCAUUGCUUCCUUGAAAACAAUGCCCUGUCAUUGCGAAUAAAAUAUCUAUUAAUGAUGCAGCUAUCUGUUAGAAAUGAAAUUUUUCGUAAUAUUUUUGUAUACAAUCAUUGUUUGAUCAUUGGUUAUGCAUCACCUGUUUUGCCUUCUAGAUCUUUCUUUGUUAAAUGCAUGCAUCUUUCAUAAUUUUAGUAUACUCACUUUAUUAUGAUCGAUACGUCCAUUAAGCUUAGCUGGUUACUGCAUUUACCAUAAAAAGCCUUUAAUUGAUAUAUGCAAUUACACAUGAAUGUACCAUGAAAAUCAUUUUCUUUCAUAUUUUAAAGUCAAACCAAACACCCAUAUAAUAGCUAUCUAGAAUUUUUACGUCAUUUACCCAGUCUGUGAUAAACUGUUUUGUUAUCUAUGCAAUAAAUUGACAAAAAUUCGUCA